UCGGCCCAGACCUGCCCAAGACCUGGGCCGAGGGGUCGUCUGGGUACCGGAACGCCCAUCCCCCGCUGGAGUUGCAUCAUCUGCAGCCGCACGAGGAGGAGCUGGGCUGGCGACCCCUCCUGGUUCUCGGGGCCCUAUCUCCCGCAAUCCAGACCGGCCUGAAGGUGGCAGCAUGCCUUCUGAGACACCCCAAGCCGAAGAGGGGGUGGCAGGGUGCCCCCACAUGUCAGGGGCACACUCAGCAAACGGGAGCCCAAAGCAGGGGCCUCCGGGGGGAAAGGACAGCAAGGAUCUCCUGUGGAUCCGGCCCGAUGCCCUGAGCAGGUGCUCCUGGAAGCUGGGCAGGCCCAUCACCGAGUCCCCUCAUCAACACACUGCCUUGGCAAAAUCCCCCCAAAUCUUGCCAGAUAUCCUGCAGAAAAUUGGAGACACCCCCAUGGUGAGAAUCAAUAAGCUCGGGAAGAACUUCGGCCUGAAGUGUGAGCUCCUGGCCAAGUGCGAGUUCUUCAACGCGGGAGGGAGCGUGAAGGACCGAAUCAGCCUGCGCAUGGUCGAGGAGGCUGCGCGGGCCGGGACCCUGAAGCCCGGGGACACCAUCAUCGAGCCGACAUCUGGGAACACAGGGAUCGGGCUGGCCCUGGCCGCCGCAGUGAGGGGCUAUCGCUGCAUCAUCGUGAUGCCAGAGAAGAUGAGCAUGGAGAAGGUGGACGUGCUGCGGGCCCUGGGGGCUGAGAUUGUGAGGACGCCCACCAACGCCAGGUUCGACUCCCCCGAGUCGCAUGUGGGCGUGGCAUGGAGGCUGAAGAACGAGAUCCCCAAUUCUCACAUCCUGGACCAGUACCGCAAUGUCAACAACCCCGUUGCUCACUACGACAGCACGGCCGAGGAGAUCCUGCAGCAGUGUGAUGGGAAGCUGGACAUGCUGGUGGCUUCAGUGGGUACAGGUGGCACCAUCACGGGCAUCGCCAGGAAGCUAAAGGAGAAGUGUCCCGGCUGCAAAAUCAUUGGGGUGGAUCCCGAAGGCUCCAUCCUCGCAGAGCCCGAGGAGCUGAACCGGACGGAGGUGACAGCCUACGAGGUGGAAGGGAUCGGCUAUGACUUCGUCCCCACAGUGCUGGACCGGUCGGUGGUGGACAAGUGGUUCAAGUGCAACGACGAGGAGUCCUUCGCCUUUGCUCGCAUGCUGAUUGCGCAGGAGGGGCUGCUGUGUGGCGGCAGUUCCGGCAGUGCCAUGGCGGCGGCCGUGAAGGCGGCCCAGGAGCUGCGGGAGGGCCAGCGCUGUGUGGUGAUUCUGCCCGACUCCAUCCGGAACUACAUGUCCAAGUUCCUGAGCGACAGGUGGAUGCUGCAGAAGGGCUUCCUGAAGGAGGAGGACAUCACGGUGAAGAAGCCCUGGUGGUGGCACCUCACAGUUCAGGAGCUGUGCCUGUCGGCGCCGCUGACGGUGCUGCCCACGGUCACCUGUGAGCACACUAUCGCCAUCCUCCGAGAGAAGGGCUUCGACCAGGCGCCCGUAGUCGAUGAGUCGGGGACAAUCCUGGGGAUGGUGACUCUGGGGAACAUGCUGUCAUGCCUGCUCGCCGGGAAGGUGCAGCCGUCCGACCAAGUUCGCAAAGUCAUCUACAGGCAGUUCAAACAGAUCCGCCUGAUGGACCCGCUGGGCACACUGUCACGCAUCCUGGAGAUGGACCACUUCGCCCUGGUGGUCCACGAGCAGAUCCAGUCACAGGACCAGGCCUUGGCAGGAGUGGUGGGGGGGCCUGCAGACCACAGCCACGGGAAGUCCAGUAAGAGGCAGAUGGUGUUCGGGGUCGUCACCGCCAUUGACCUGCUGAAUUUCGUGGCUGCCCGGGAGCGGGACCAGAAGACAAAGUGAGCAAGAGCCUCGGAACCCAGAGCUGGCGGGGCCACAGCCCAGCUCUGACUCCACACACACUGCUGCUCUUUCACUCUCAAACACUAACAAGCCAUGUGCCUUUCAGCCACCAGUGCUGGGCGCUGCCCCGCUGCUUGGGGCAGCAAGGAGCGGGUGCAGGAGGCUCAGCCGGAGGCCAGUGGACACAUUCAUUUCCCUUUUACUAAUACCUGACCCUUGGAUGAGUAGAAUGUGUUUUUCUUUAAUUUUCUCUUAAAAUGUUUCAAUAAGGAAAUUGCAUUGAAAGGGAACUCAGCCAGGUUGAUGAACCUAGGCAAUGACAGGGCCAGGGUGGACUGAAGACACAAGGAAGUGCCUUUUCCAGAGAAUGAUCCAGAAUGGGGCGCAGCAAAGGGGGCCCGGGAAACACGGAUCAAUCAGCUCAGCAACCCUCGCACGGCAGCGCCAUCUACCCAGGGCGGGUUUGGUUAGAGGGGCUUGAGUGUUCGAGGUUUUUAAAUGGAGGUGAAAUUCACAUACCUGAAGUGAACAGAAUUUAAAUGUACAAUUCAGUGGCAUUUAUUACAUUCAAGAGGUGGUGGAUUACCACCACCUCUGUCAGGUCCCAAAACAUUUUCCUCACCCCCUUAAGCAGUCAUUUCUCCCCCUCCCCUCCCCCCUCUCCUGGAAACUACUAAUCUGCUUUCUGUCUAUGUGGAUUUACCUAUUUGAGCUAUUUCAGAUAAAUGGGAUCAUACAGUCUGUGGCCUUGCAUCUGGCUUAUUUCACUCAACAUGUUUUCAAGGUUUGUUCAGUAGCAGGUGUCAGAACUUUAUUUCUUUUUAUGGCUGAGUAACAUUCCACUCCCCAGUUGAUGGACACUUAGGUUGCUUCCACUCUAUUGUGAAUUGUGCUGCUGUGAACAUCGACAUAACACCCAUUUGUUUGAAUGACUCUUUUUUCAGUAAUUUGGGGUGUAGACCCCAGAACCAGAAUUGUGGGGUCGUGUGGUAGUCCUGUGGUUAACGUUCACAGGAACUGCCAGUCUCUCCCGCAGUGGCUACGCCAUUUUAUAUCCCCACAAGCAGUGUGCAUGUUCCCACUUCUCCUUGUCCUUCCCAACACUUAAUUUACUUUCUCUUCUUCAUAGUUACGGUAGUGGGUGUGCUGUGGCAGCUCAUGGCUUUGAUUUGCCUUUCCCUGAUGACCAGUGAUACUGGGCUUCCUCUCAUUUGUGUUUCUGUUUUGGAGAAAUGUCUAUGCGGGUCCUUUGGCUGUUUUUAAAGUGGGUUGUCUUUUGUUGCUCAAUUUUAGUUCAUGUGUUCUGGAACUAGACCCCAAUCAGAAUCCUGAGUUACAGGAUCUUGUAACUGAUUAAUCUGCUGGCUGUCUUUUCUCUUUCUUGAUAAAACUUUGGGGCACGAUAGUUUUCCAUUUUGAUGAUGUCUAAUGUACCUAUUUUUUCUUCUGGAAUUCUACCUAAGAACUCAUUGUCAAGUCCAAGGUAAUGAAAAUGUGCUUGUUUUCUUGAGUUUUAUACGUUAGCUCACUUUUUUAUACAUGGUGUGAGGGAGGGAUCCAACUUCAUCCUUUUAUAUGUGGGUAUCCAAUUAUGUCCACUUAUUGGAAAAACAUUCUUUCCCCACUGACUGGUCUUGGCACUCUUGCUGAAAAUUAGUUGGCCAUAGAUGUAUGGAUUUACUUCUAGACUCUCAGUUCUAUCCAGAGGUCUGUGUGUUCAUCUAUAAGCCAGUGCCACACUGUUUCAUCAUUGUAGCUCUGUAAUAUGCUUUGAAAUCAGAAAGUGUGUCCUCAAUCUCUGUUCAUUUUCAAUAUUGUUUUAGAAAUCAUGAUGCAUUGUGAUGCAUUUUUCCUGUU